CCAAUUGAAGUUUGGAUCCCGGUCGGGUCGUCCGCACAUAAACAUCGCAUGCGGUUACAUCAUGUACUGAACAGAAGUUGUAGAGAAAAGUGUUAAUAUAAAAGCAUAUAUAAAGUAAGUUCAUAGUUCAUACACAAAAAUGGACACCAAAGAUAAACAUCUCAGCAAAAACGGGUGUUUCCUGAGCUCUGCUGUCAGGGAAGAGCACACGGACGCGCUGACAGACAGACCCGAUUUGCAGCUGAAGUUGGUGCAGAUUUUCUUUCGGCACGGAGCCCGAACACCGAUCCGGCCCACACCUGGAGUUGAAGAGGUGGUAUGGGACAAGGACACCAUGUUUAUUGAGGGGGACCACCUCAAGUGUGACUAUGAGGUGUAUUCCUUGGACGGCAAGUCGGGCCCUCAUCACUCCGUUAUCGAGCAGUCGUACCAGCAGGCAACAACUUUCAAAGGUGGUGCCCACCGCGGACAGCUGACCACACUGGGUAUGAAUCAAACCUACGAGUUGGGCACGUACUUCAGGAAACACUACAUCGAGAGGCUACAAUUCCUGUCACCGAGGUUUAACAAGAGCGACAUUUAUUUGCGUUCAACAAAUAUCAACCGGAACCUCAAGUCCAUGUCAUGUGUAUUAGCAGCCAUGUACGGAGAAGACCUGAAAACGAAUGAAAACGGUUUACCCAGAGUCCAUGUUGACCACGCAUCGACGGAAAUCCUGUACCCAAACUACACCUACUCCAAGCCGCUGAUGAACUCCUAUUUCUCGACCAUCAAGAACACAGACGUGGUCCCUGGUAUUCGUCCCGUCCGUCUGCAGGUCCAGGAGCUUCUGGAUCAGGACGUGGAUAAAGUUCACUUAGACCUGGUCUCUGUGCGGGACGGGAUGAGCGCCAGGCAGGCACAUGAUUUCCCAAUUUCCCCCGUCUUGGAACCCAUAGCCGGCAUUGUGGAGAAAGCAGCCGUGGACAUCAUGAAGCAUUGCAUCGGGGACGGAUCUCAAGAUCUCAAGAGACUCUCAUACUCCGUCGGUUCGUUACUGAGCCUGAUAAUAGAUAACAUGCACAAAGUCACAACAGGAGAAAGUCAAUGCAAAUUGCAUCUUCAUUCCUGUCAUGACACCACGUUGAUCCCGCUUCUGAUUGCCGUGGGUGCCUUUGACGAUACCUGGCCCGGGCUGUGUUCCGAUUUCAUCGUGGAGAUGUAUCAAGACGACAAGGGACAACCUUUCGUGCGGAUUCUGCACUUGGGAAAGGAACUGAAGUUGGGACCUAAUGCCAACGCCCUCAUGUCCUUGGACCAGUUCAGAGAGUUUCUAGCUCCCCUCCUCAUGUCCCAGGAAGACUUCAGGAAGACCCUCGUCAAGGUGGAGACGUUUUGACGAAGGCCUACUAACAUCCAAAGAGUGCCUGAUUCAUAUGGUAAGUCAUGUGACAAGUCAUUCUAAACUUUGACAGCUAAAAAGUAAAUUAUCU